AUGGACAACUUUUCUUCCAACUCAUCGAGCCGUGAGACAUCAGCUAAAAAAUAUGCAUUAAAUUUUGUCCUCUUCUGUAUUCUGCCGCUUUCAUUCUUUGCGGUUGGUCGGGUGGGCAGCGGAAGUCACGCCAAUUUCCAGAAAACUGUUUUCGACUCCCUUCAAGCAGAUGCGACAUCUCAAUAUGCCAAACAAUAUCUAGAAUCAUCUAUACCCUCGAAAUCAGCAGAUCAACAGAGGCGCAGAGUCAUGACUGAUGAGCCUGAAGCAGAAGAGCCGCGAGAACCCGAUGAACCGCUAAAUGUUGUGCUAUUUUAUGCCGACGACUGGACUCAGAAAGUGGUUGGAAAGUUAAAUCCUCUUGUAAAGACUCCAAACAUUGACAAGAUGGCAGAUAAUGGAAUGAUGUUUACGCAAAAUUGUGUUACGACAUCAGUGUGCUGGAUUUCAAGGGCAACGCUGAUGACUGGGGUUUAUUCUGCCCGGCAUCGUCAAACAGAACCUUGGAAGACGAAUAAUAUCUUUGAUUUGCACCCUUGGAACGAAACGGUGUUUCCGAUGCUUCGGCAGAAAGGAUACUAUACUGGAUUAGUAGGAAAGUGGCACGGUCCUCACGUCGCUAAGAACAUUAAUAUGGCGUUUGAUCAUCAUCUCAUGUACUAUGGAAGACAUUGGGAAAGUCGAAAUGGUCAAACGCGGCAUGUCACUGACUUGAACCGAGAAGAUGCUUUGAAUUUCUUGCAGAAGCGACCAAAAGACAAAAAGUUUGUGCUGAAGGUUUCGUUUUUUGCCACUCACGCCUGGGAUGGAAAAUAUCCGAGUUACCAGCCACAAAAUGAGUCCAAGUCGUGGUACAAUGACGUUACUGUUCCAAUGCCCAAGACAAACACAGAAGAAGACUUUAAGAAGUUGCCACCAUUCUUCACGAACCGCAACGAGGGACGAAAUCGAUGGCGAAAGCGAUUUGAACCUGCUUACUAUCAGGAGAGUAUAAAGGACUUGUAUCGAAUGGCAACCGAGGUCGACGUUGUUGUCGGUGAAGUAAUCGAAGAGUUGAAGAAACAAGGAGUAUACGAAAACACGAUAUUGAUCUUUACCACGGACAAUGGUAACCUACACGGAGAGCAUGGUUUGGCAGAAAAGUGGUAUCCUUUUGAAGAGUCCAUUCGAGUACCACUAAUCAUUCAAGAUCCGAGAAUGUCCAAGAGCAAACACGGUACGACUAGCGACAAGUUCACACUGAAUAUCGACCUUGCCCCCACAUUAAUGGGAGCUGCAAACAUCAAGGCGAGUAGUUUCAUGCAAGGUCGUAACAUUGCUGAUUUGUACCUGAAAUCGAAGCCCAAUUGGCGUAAGGAUUUCUUUUACGAAUACAAUCGCGGACAUCCCAUCACUGGAGAAGGUCAUCAGGGAACCAAUUGGAUCGAUGCUAGUUUUGCAUUGGUCACCAAGGAAUGGAAGUACAUUUACUGGCCAGAGCACAAAUACGAGCAACUAUUUCAUCGAACCAUGGACCCUUAUGAAGAAUCUGAUAUUAUGCGCAAUCAAACAGCGCUACAAACCACAAAAGAGAUUUACUUCAAAAUGAAGGCCCGAUACAACUUUUUGAAGAUGUGGGCACAAAGUGGAAAACGGGUAUAG